AUGCCAAUACCUGUACCAGAUAUCCUCGAGCGUGUUGCGGCCGCCGGCAGAGCUUACGAAGCCGGGAAAAUCGGCUCGCGAGAAAGUCUCAUCGAGCUUGGUCGAGACCUGGUUGCGGCGCUCGAGAUACCCAGUGAAUUCCUACAGAGAAGCUUCUGGGCCGAGCCGGCAUUGUCAGCGCACUGCAAGUUUGCUGUUGAAGUCAAACUCUUCCAGCAUCUUAGAGAUGCAGGCGAUGCAGGAGUUAGUCCGGGCGACCUUGCUCAAAAGACGAGCGUUGACGCCAUUCUAUUGCAACGGAUUAUGCGUCACCUGAUCGCAAUGAAGAUCGUUUCUUUCUCAAACGGUAGAUUCCUCGGUACCCGUCUGAGCCACGAACUUGCAGCGGACAACUAUCAGAAGAGCAUUGACUUCUGCUACGAUGUGUCACGACCGUCGUUCAAUGGCUUCCCGGAGUAUUUCAAGAAGACUGGUUACAGGCUACCCACUUUGCCUACAGAAGGACCAUUGCAGGAUGCGCAUGGAACAGAUUUACCUUUUUUCCCAUGGCUGGUCGCAACGCCUCCUCAUCUCGACGAGUUCGACAACUUCAUGUCGGUGUAUCGCGCAGGCAAGGCGAAUUGGUUCGAUCCCGGCUUCUAUCCGGUCGCAGAACGUCUGAUCACAGGCUUUGACUCCAGCUGCAGCGAGGCCCUUCUGGUAGAUGUCGGUGGCGGUCGUGGGCACGAUGUCCAGCAAUUCGUGGCGCAGCACCAGUCUCAUCCGGGCAAAGUCAUUCUUCAGGAUCAAGAGCCAGUCAUCGCGGCUAUCAAGGAUAAGGAAGAGCUUCCUUUUGAGAGUCAGGUCCAUGAUUUCUAUACGCCUCAGCCUAUUCAGUCAGCCAGGGCGUACUCACUGCACUCGAUUCUCCACGACUGGAAUGACGAAGAAGGCGUCAGAAUUCUCGAAAGCCUGAAGCCAGCGCUGAAACCUGGCUACUCACGGGUGCUGCUGAACGAGAUUGUGCUUUCAGAAGAAAAGCCCACCAUCGCCGCCACCUCUAUGGAUAUGAUGAUGUUGGCACAUCUUUCUGUGCGCGAGAGAACAGAAGCGGAGUGGAGAGCGAUAAUCCAAAAGGCUGGUCUGAAGUUCUUAGCCAUCUUCAAUUACCCUGGGGUCGCUGAGAGUGUUAUUGAAGCGGAACUUGAGGAAUGA